ACCCCAACACCCUCCUCACCCUUUACAACCCCCACCCAUCCCCUUCGUCAUUCCCAUUCCCCUCAGUAGACAGGGGGAAUUAGAAAGGUUGCUCCCGGGUAUUGAACCUUCGGCUGGGCCUGACCGAGUUGGAGGAUGAGGCUCAUUCCGGCCUCUCUGCCUCUCGGGUCCUCCCUCUCUGUUUCUGAUCCCUCCCAUCGUAUGCCCUGGUCCCUCCCCGUGUGUCUCUUGUUUCGGAGGCCGAGGCCGAGCCCAGCCCAGCGCAGCCCCACAGUCUCUUCCGCAGCCCCGGCGCCUCCGGCUCGGCUCUCGGGGCGGACCAUGAGUCGCUGAAUUGUCGGCCGCCGCUGGGAACCAUGCCCGGGGCUUGGUCGCUGUGCUGCCGGCUACUGGCGGCCUGCGUGUGGCUGAGGGCGGCCGGGGCCGUGCGCCCGAUGUUCAGGGAGUUCGGGCAACAGCUGCGGAGAGCCGGCGGAGGCUGGGGCCCGGAGCCCGAGGCCACGGGCCGCUGCCAGUCCGACUUCGGCCUGAUGCAGGACUACAUCAUCCGGACCCGGGACUCAUUGAGCGCCGGCGCCGCCUUCCUGAGCUCCCCGAGCGGUGUCAGCAGCCCAGCCGAGUGCCUGAGGGCCUGCUGCCGCCUCCCCAGCUGCACGGCGGCCGUGGUGGAGCGGGCCCGGGGCCUUGAGAUCAGGCGCAACAGCCCGGCCACCCUCAGCUGCUACCUCUUCAACUGCACGUACCGAGGCCGCGAUGUGUGCGGUUUCUCCCCGCAUCACGGAUACAGCAGCUUCAGCCGCAAUCGCAACGACAGCUGGCAGCCGGAGCCGCGUCACCAUGGCAACCGAAAUGAUGAAGUCCCCCACUGUGAUGCAGGUCAGGAUGUGGUCUUAUUACUGCCCACUGACUGGGUACUGCUGGAUGGAAGAGGCAGCGCUGACGAUCGGGGAAUAGUCCGAUAUGAAUGGACGUUACUACAAGGCGAUCCAUCCGUUGAUAUGAAGUCUCCACAACCUGGCAUGUUGAGAUUAAGUGGUUUACGAGAAGGCAUGUAUGUGAUUCAAUUGUCGGUCACUGAUACGAUUGGACAAAAGAGCGAUGAUAAUGUCACUGUGACAGUGAUGCCACCAAAGCACCAUACGACAGACUGUACAGGAGUUUGUUCACGAUAUCAGUUUAUCUGUGACGAUGGCUGCUGCAUUGAUAUCACAAUGGCUUGUGAUGGGACAGCCCAGUGCCCUGACAGAUCUGAUGAAACCUUCUGCCAGAGCUUUAAUGUAGGUCGUAAAUCAAUUACACAUACAACGCUUGCUGCUAGUUUAGAGCAAGAUAUGGCCAUGUGGCCAUCCUCUGACAGCUUCCACAGGACUUCAACAGUGAACCGUAAACCUGUGGAGGAGCCCGCUAUCCAGGUGACGCAGUCAUCCAGAACGGAAGGGAUGGACAAGUCCAAUCCUGACCAGAUUCCAGCAUAUUGCUUGCUUCCUCCUGCCCCGGGCCCCUGCAAGGGCCAUUUCCCUCGCUGGCAUUUUGAUAGCAUCUCAAGAACCUGCAGACACUUCAUCUGCAGUGGGUGCCAGGGCAAUCGGAAUAACUUCCUACAGGAGCUGGAUUGUAAGAAUGAAUGCGCACAAGCACAAGGUGAUGACACUUUAGAGAUGACUACAGUUGAAACAAGUGAAGGUGAUGUUCUGAUGUCUAAGGUCAGCCAUGGAAGAGGAGGUCACCCCAUCCCAGAGACAGGUGCUGUGCUACCCCUGGCCCUGGGACUUGCCAUCACUGCCCUGCUUCUGCUGAUGAUUGGCUGUCGGCUGCAGCUGGUGAGGCACAAACUGAAGAAGCUCCGACCUAUCACAUCGGAGGAGUCGGACUACCUGAUAAAUGGCAUGUACCUGUGAGCUGGGAAUGGUGCCUCUUGAAUAACAAUCACUGUCGCAGCGUGCUUCUCAAUGUAAAACAAAUGAAUGUGCUUGUGUGUGUCUGUACAAAUCAAUAUGUGGAGAGCAGUAGGAUCCUUUUGACUUUAUUACUUCCCAGUCACACCGGCAAACCUGGCAAGUGUUGGGUGUAAUUUUCAGACCAAGCCAGCUCAGUUGCCAUAAUGAUGUACAGCCCCAGGCCCAUCUGCAAGGUUGGUGGCUGAUCAAGCGAUUCUUAAUUCUGUUCCUUGCUAUGAACGUUGACUUCUGCGCCAUUUCAUGCACUCAAUGGGGUUUGUGCUGUUUUGAUAAGAAGUUCGACCAUCCUAUCUAAUGGUUCAGUUAGGUGCCCCUGCAGUGGGUUGGCACUGAUAAAUCCUUAACUGCCCCCCCACCCCCACCACCAAUAUACUGCAUUUUCUCCCUGACUGGGGACAGGCUUCUGCGUCCCCUUUUUACUCAACCUCUGAGUAAUUGCCACUGCCUGCAUCCAACAAUUUAAAUGUAAACUUGUGCCAGUGUUUGCAGCAAAAUUGCAGAAUAUCGGGGAGAAAAUGAUGAAAUUCAAAUCGCACACAAUUGGGAGAAAUUCCUAGCCUAGAAGGAACGCAGCCAGCCUAUCGAGUGUGUUAGUUUAGUACAUCAUGUUAUUACAAACUGUUAAAAUUUAUAAAAUUGGAAGAAUUGCCUUGUCAAAGUAUUCCACUGAACACCAACAGUUCUUGACUCCUGGUUCAUCUCUAAUAAAGGGCAUUUACCCAGUGUGA